UUGCCAAUUCUCCAUAGCACAUGUAUUGCAAAAAGGAUGAGCUAACAAGUUAUAAAUGGCAAGAUGCAAACAUUCGCAUAAUAUCCCAGCACAGAUUCACUUCGUUUCUCCAGUAACGAUAAUUUCAAUUCUUCCACAUCUACUGCAGCUAUGGAACCUCCCAAACUAAAAAAUUCGGACCCCAUCAUCUUAAAUUAUCCCCUCUAUGUGCUUGGAGUUAUUUUGGGGUCUCUACACUUGGCCUUAAGUUUCUAUGAUUACCGGAGGUCGCAAUUGUUCCUCAUAAUCCCAUCCGUGUUCAUGUUAGGUCACACGAUCCUGGUCGUCAUUGUAUUUUCCUGGCACACCUUCCAAACUUCUUCAAGAGGUGUUGUAUCCUAUAUUUAUUAUCUAAACAACUAUGCAGCACUGGUGAUUGGAAUUGGAGCUGUGAUAAGUCUUUGCGAUGAUUUCAGCAUUUAUUAUGAACCCUUCUUAACAAACUGUCUUGCCGAUGCUUUUGGAUUAUUUGUCUUAUCAGCGGUAUAUUUUUGCAUCGGGUGCUCAAUUCAGACCGGAUUUCAUAGUACGAAUCUUCCCCCUAAACUGAUUCCUACUAAUCCUAAGGAUGGAAAAGGAUCGUCUUGGUCACAGCUAAUUUUUUGUGAAGUAUAAGCGAACAUGAAUUCCUAAAUAUGGUAAAUUAUGGUAAUACUCAUGAUACACAAUGUGAAGUCAAACUCACCCCAAUACAUUUAAUAGACAAAUAUGCAUUAUUAUAACAAUAUGUAUCUACCUCCUAAAAUAAUACGGUCAAUGGAUAAUUAUUUGUAUAUAUUUAACACCUAAGUAGUCCUGUUCUGUUUUAUAAUCAGGUACUUCGAAAAUUAAAGUCUUCAUAAUUCUGAAACUAUUUACGAGUCUGAUCAUGAUCAUGAUUAUAAUCAUGAUUAAGCAUUAUGUGUAAUAGUGUUCAAAAAUACAUAUACGUUGACCUUAUUAGUCAUGCCAUCAAGUCUUCAGAAUUAUCAAACCAGGCAACUUGGUUUUACUAUUUCUUUCAAUGAGUCAUACAUAAUGCAGAAACCGAUCAGACAACUGUGACCGUACAAAUUCUGUCUGUAUUCGCUUGACAAGAAAAUCUAGUACAUGUAUACUCGUAAAUAUGUACGGCCAUGGUCGCUUAACUUUUCUAAAUGAUGAGUAAAAUGUAGCACAAUCUAUGUAAUUGUACUCUGCGAACAAUUUAUACUCCAAUGAAUAAAACUACAUCAUACACAUGCAAGUAUGAGCAUAUGUAUGUAUGCGUAAUUUUGCAUGUUCAGUAAGCAACGCUCAUCGUAUUCUUGGCGACUCUACCACCAAUAUAUAGAAUCUUUUUGUAACAUGCUCUUACGUAUUUAUGUAAGCAUGUAUACAUCAAUACUAAUACUUGUGCGUUGUAUGUGCAUAAACCAGUCUUACUUGUAAGUUUUGCAAAUGAGUCAUUUAUGUACAUACUUUGUAUCAUGCAUUUAACAUGCUUUGUCAAGUAUCAGGACUCGAAAGAAUUGUCUACAUAAUUUACGUCAAGAACUUCACCCUUGCUCAUGCAGCAAUUAAUUUUAUGGAAAUUAAAUACCUCCCCAAAAACGAGUCUCGUUAUCAAACAUUUUAUAACAUCACAAAAUGUGAAUCAAUAAAUUAAUCGGUGCAAUGAAAUGGAAUUACAAUCACAUCAAUUUACUUAAAGUAGAAUUUCAAAUCAUUUUGUCAGUCUUCACCUUGGUAAGCACCACUCCCACUGAGGACGACUGGAUUCGGAGAUGUGACCAAUUUUACGAUGACGUAGAUUUCGUUGCAAAGUGUUCGAAUGGGAAGAUAAUUUGCAGUUGUGUUUGCCCCGGAAAAGGACCACAGAAAAAAUACAGUCCCACGUGCUGUCCUGAAUUUCCAGAAAAAUUUCCAACCCUUGUGACCAUUUCACCAAAAAUAGAAAAAACGCGUCAACCUGCUUCUCCUCUUCCCACCGGAAAUUGCACGCUUUACCGAAUGUUCAACUGUUACAAGAAUGCAACUCGACUUUGUACCGAUGACGGUGUCAUACUUAAAUCCAACGAGACGCAAACAUUCCAAUUUGCAAAUGGAAUUAGAUCCAUAUCAAUCCCUUCAAAUUGUCAUGUAACGAGACGCAUAAAGGACUCGAUGUGUCCGAAUACUCCUCCAACUGAGGAAAUUACAACGUCAGGAAAUGUCAAUAAUGCUUUAACAAUAAAUCAGGAAAGUUAUGAAUGCCAGUGCUCAAAAGAUGUACCGACCACGACAACGUCCACGACCACCGAAACGCCUACAGUUAUCACAACCACCAUGAUUCCUUAUCCGGAAGAAGAAGAUAAUUUUCCAUUUGGACUAAUCACUGGAAUUAUUGUCAUUUCUAUAAUUUCUGUCUUGGCAUUGUCUACUGUCUUGCUGGGGGGUUAUCUAGAAAUUAUGAGCAACGCUACAAAAAAUGACUCCCUACUUUCCUCAAGCAAUGACGAUGAAUUUACAGAGGAGAACAUUUCUCAAAAUUGUGUUCAACAAGCAACAAAUUAUGUCAACGAAGUUCGAAAUGACACGAAAGAAACAAAAUGGCAAUCCGUGAAAACCUUGCGUCUCAUGUCACACACCCCACUAGGAAAAGGUUCACAUGGAGAAGUAUGGAAAGCCGAGUGUACCAAAACCGGGAAUAUUUUCGCCAUCAAGCAAAUCAAUUUAUACGAAGCCUUCCGAAGAUCUGAAGAAAGUGUGUACAACGUGCUAAAAUUUAAGCGCGAAAUAUCAAAUUUGCAAAGUAUCCGUGACGAUAAUGUUGUCCGCUUGGUAAAUUUCUGGAUCGAGGAUUGCGAUGGCAGAGCCUACAGUGAUUUGUCGAUGAUGGACAUGUCCGAAACGUCUUCUGGACGGCCAUCCUAUAUUUUUAUGCAAAUGGAGUACUGUCACCUCAGUUUGAAAAAAUGGUUGACAGAUAAUCCUCUAGAAAUCAGAGACUUUGCCACAAUCAAGCGAAUGUUUCUGCAAAUUGCGAACGGUCUCAGUGUUCUUCAUAUGGUUAAGAUUGUCCACCGCGACAUAAAACCGGACAACAUUAUGUGCAAUCUGACCGGGAAUAGUUUCAUCAUGUGGAAAAUUGUUGAUCUCGGAUUGUCGGUUAAGUUGGAUAAGAAGAAGGAUGAGUAUUGUUCGGUCGCAGGCUGCGAGUUGUACCGAAGCCCGGAAAUGACCCUUAACCAGGUUGACUGUAACGAAAAGACGGACAUAUUCAGCUUGGGACUUUGCUAUUUUGAGAUUUUAUCGUCCCCGAUUACAAAUAAAGUUAAAAUUUUUGAUCAACUGAGAAGAAAUGAGGAGAAUGAUGUUUUCAAUGACUUGGGAAAGGGUCAGGAUACAGCCAAAUUUGAACAAUUAGUCAAGAAAAUGCUCAAAAUUAGUGCCAAAGAUAGAUCUAGUAUUUCUGAUGUUAAAAAUGUAUUGGAAAACAUAUGCUAACUUCUAAAAUUUUUUAUAUUUUAUUGUUUUCGAAAGUUUGAUGUUUUUAAAUUUGUAUUCGUGCAUGGUAAAGGAUUUUUCCAUUCCUUCUCGAACUGACAUAUGUUGUGUGUAUAUAUGUAUGUACAUAUUUAUAAAGUCAUUCAAAUAAGAAGCUUCACAUCUAAUUUUUCUAGAAAUGUUACAUCUCUAUGGAGUUUUUAACUAAGGAAUUGAACAUAAAUUUAGUUUACUAUAUACAUAUACAACAAUAGUAUAAAUAUGUACAAUGAAAUAUUCAAAUAUCGAUCGAUGCGUGUAAUUUGUAAAAUAUAUAUACAUAUUUCUGUACGCAUAACCGAUGUGCAAUAUGGACAUAGCUUCGUUGCUUACAUCUCCACAUGUACGUGGGUGUUUUAUUAUUAAUUUUCAAAAGGUAUGUUCCGCACUGUUUCUGACCAAACUUUUGAUGAAAUAACAAACUUCAAAUACUU